AUGAAGUUGAAGUUCGAUGGAGUCUUCACACUUAAUGAGCCAUACAAGACUUUGGUUCCAUCAUCUUUAUCUCAUUGUCACGGAAUUAACCGUCUGGUGAUUCCUACAAGAGAUUACUGCUUUGCACCAUCACUGAAUGAUACAUGUUGUGCUGCAGACUUCAUUCAUGAUGCAAAUGACAUGACUCAUAAAACUGUUGAAGCCGGAUACACUCAUCCACUUUUGCUGGACCAACUGGGAAAAGGCAGUAAGAUCAAUAAUUCAUUCAAGAAACUGGCUUCGACAUCAAGGCUCUAA